UAUAACUCUCUUUCUCCUUCUGCGUGUUGCUGUUUCUGUUUCUUUCGUCUCAUCGUUUUCAAAAUGGCGUCCGUUUUCCGUAAGCUCGUCAGACGCGACACACGCAAUGGAGAUGGGUCCGACAAGAAUGGAUGUAAGGCUAAGGGAGACUCAGAUCACAAGAAUGAAAGGAAAGACGAGGACUUCAGCAAUCAAGCAAACCAGAGUAAUGAUGAAACCAGACACUUGAAUAAUUCAAAUCCGGCUAAAUCUCAAGGGAGCAAUGGCUUGAAAGGCAAUACUGACGUUAGUGAAAUGACUUCUUCUCACGCUCAAAGGGUCCGUUCAAAACGUUUAAUGAAAGAGUUUCACGACGUGACCAUGAGAUGUGAUAACAAACUGUUUUCAGCCGAACUUGUUGAGGAUAAUUUGUUCGAAUGGAACGUGAAAUUAUACAAAAUUGAUACGGAUAGUUUACUUUACAGAGACAUGGUCGAGACCGGAACCAAGUUUAUUUUGUUGAAUAUUACGUUUCCUGAUAAUUUUCCCUUCGCACCUCCUUUUAUGAGAGUCUCAGCGCCGCGAAUUGAAGGGGGUUUUGUUCUUGACGGUGGAGCUAUCUGCAUGGAACUUUUAACUCCUAAGGGAUGGAGCAGCGCAUACACUGUAGAAGCCAUUGUGUUACAAUUUUCUGCUGCCGUGGUGAAGGGACAAGGACGAAUCGACAGAUCAACAAAAAAGGCCUUUUCCAAAAAGGAAGCCGAAUCCGCUUAUAAACGAUUGGUUAAAACGCAUGAGAAAUACGGCUGGGUUACACCGCCAAAAUCUGAAGGCUAGUUAGAUUAAAAGGAACUGUGGUCAUGUAUUAAUAUUUCUUUGUAGAUACAAUCCAGUGGCGAUUCACAAAUUCCAGUUGACAAAAAAUGUAUUUUAUUGUUCACAUUCGCAAUUUUUCCAUGCUUUAAGAUCAUUCUUUAAAGCUGUUGUUUUAAAAGUGACCCAGAAAAAUUGAUUGCCAUUUGGAAUAUUUAGGGAUUUUUCAUAUUUAUGUUUCUGAAUGUUGUUUUUAAUACUCAGCUUUCACUGGAAAAUUUUGAGGGUCUAUGUAAAUUUUACACCACCUGUUAAAUCAUUAUUACUCUAAAAGCCACAAGAAAAAAGGUACAGUCAAUGUGUAACGUUAACAACUUUCCAAGGCUUAUUCACUCACUGUAAACAAUAUUAGAGUGGGCUCCUACAGUUUCCUGGCCAUCUAGAAAACAUGAAAGGAAGUCACUGUACAGUACAUAGUAUCAGAUAUGCUAUUCCCAUGCUAAUGUUUAUGACUGAAAUAUGUCAGAUUUACGUAUACUAGAAAUAUUGUAAAUUGGCAACCCAAAGAAAAAAGAACAAGUAUAUUGCUUUUUUUGUAUGAGAGAGAUAUCAAUGUGUUUUGUGGUUACAUUGACUGUGUCUUUUACUGUGAGACAAAAAAAAAUUGUAAAUUCCACCUCUGUUGAAAGUCACAGAAAAAAAAUUUUACACUGAUAGUGCCAAAUUUUAUAACUUUGGUUUCAGCUGUAUUUUUGAGAGUAGGGAUGCAUUAAUUAGGGAAUGUAAAUUGUCUUGUUCCAUUCUGCCGUGUUGGCAAAGCCAUAAGUGUAGUUUCUUCUUUAGAGUAAACUUGCUUGUGGGUUUUGAGAUUUAAAUUUCAAGAAGAAAAUCAUAGGGACCUGAUUUUAUUGUGUUUUUAUCUUACAAGUGAUGUAAGUUUUAUUCUUAUAUGGAAGAAGACAGAAAUUUCCCUGCACCAGUAAGGUUUACAAAUAAUAUUAUAAUUUUCAGUUGUGGUUUGAAAACUGUUACUGUUAAUGAGUAUUUUGAUAGAGUCCUCAUGUGAACUGACUAAUUACAUCAUUAAUUAUUAACAAUCAAAAAUCAGAAGCCUAGUUCGAAGAAUACUGUUUGUCUGGGUCAAUGCAAGCAUUUUCUCAAAUUACUUCUCAGUGAUUUGAUAUACUUGAAUAAUAACAAUUUAUUCCUUCACACCUGUUUACUAAAAGAGCACAUUUUUUUGUUCCAAGAGAAAAAGAAAGAAAAGCAAACUCUAUUGGACUUUCAUGUAUUCACCCUUCUUUUGUACAUGCUCAUUA